AUGAAGCUGUCUAGCAUAUUCCAGAAACCACCGCCUCGUUAUGUCGUGGCUAGCAUUCUGUGCUCCCUCGGGGGUUUUCUGUUCGGAGUUGACACCGCAAUUAUCGGUCCUGUGACUGUGAUGGACUCGUUUACCGGGUCUUUUGGCCAUCCGAGUCCCACGCUUCAUGGGCUGAUUGUAUCUUCGAUUCUUAUACCUGCCGCCACUUCCUCGUUUUUAGCUGGCCGUGUUGCUGAUGUUCUGGGUCGACCCCCAGCGAUUGCUAUCGGGUCUGCUAUCUUUGGCCUUGGCGCCGCGAUCGAGGCCGCUGCCGUUCACCUUGGUAUGUUUGUUGCUGGCCGAGUGGUAGCAGGUAUCGGUGAGGGGCUUUACUUGGGCACAUUGGUCGUAUACAUAUGCGAAAUCUCCCCUGCCAGACACCGUGGAAGCCUCACUACAGGACCUCAACUUCUUAUCACUUCUGGGCUAGUUGCCGGUUUCUUUACAUGCUACAGAUCUGUCACGAUUGAUACCACCCUCUCCUGGCGUCUACCAUUUAUUCUCCUCGCUUCUUAUUCUGCUACAUUUGCCGUGAUUGCAUACGUGUUUUUACCCCCUUCUCCGAGAUGGCUAGCUGCGACCUAUGGCCAAAACACAACAGCAAUUGAUGCAGCCUGGGAUCGUUUGGGUGUUUUGCAUGCUGACCGAGAAGUUAUGCAGUCAAACCUGGAGGAAGAACCGAAGAUCAGAUCCAAGACGCUUGACGUCUUUUCUGCCGAAGCUAGACCAGGCUUCCUCCUUGCUAUCUUCCUCAUGGGUAUGCAACAAUUGAGUGGAAUUGAUGGUGUCCUUUACUACGCCCCUUUACUAUUCCAACAAGCUGGUCUCACUUCCGCAGGUGAUACCUUCCUUGCCUCAGGCGUCUCGGCUAUAGUCAUUUGUGCAGUUACAAUUCCGGCUACGAUUUGGGCUGAUAGCUGGAGCCGACGUCGAAAUACAAUAUAUGGCGGGCUUGGAAUGGCAACAACAAUGUUUAUUAUUGGCGGGUUAUACGCCGGAGAUGCAGUACAUUCCUAUGGCGCCGGACGCUGGGUGGUUGUCAUCUCUAUUUACCUCUACACGGUCAUAUUUUCUAUCUCUUGGGCUGUUGCUGUGAAAAUAUAUGCCGCCGAAAUCCAGCCACAGAGAACUAGAGCAAGCGCUACAAGCCUUGCUCAUGGAAGCAAUUGGAUCACAAACUUCCUCGUUGCCCUUGUGACACCGACACUACUCGCAAAUACUAGCUACGGUGCCUAUUUCCUCUUCGGCAGCUGUACCUUUGCCACAGCCAUAGUUUGUUGGUUCUUUAUGCCCGAAACACGCGGCCGUACAUUGGCCGAAAUACAGCAGGCUCUUCAUGCUAGUCGCUCUAGUGGAGUUGAUACUCCUGCAAAAGCUCUCUGGAGAAGGCUACGAAGAGCCCCUACUAUUACGGUGACGGGACCUUAAAGCAACAAUUGUUAGAUUAAGGCUCUAGUACGAGAAUUACUGCAAUACUAUAAUACCACUAGCAACACCCGUCCCCCGAUUACCAGGCUUUUUGGCAAUGGUUUGCAGCGGUGAUAAUACUUGCCAAAGUGCACCUUUCUUAAUUACAUCAUAACAAGUCUUCUUCAUUUUCAGCCAGCGAUUUCGGUAUAGCCUGUCCAUGCUCUUCAACUAGUCUGUUGAGAUGAAUAAUCCAUAGCAAACUGCUUGUUUCACCGAAUAAACAUCUGAAUAUUUCGAUCAGUUCUUUUGAAAUCGAAUCUUCUUGGGCUGCUGCUAAAUAAACAUUUAAACCUAAUAAAUAGACGAUAGUCAAUGAUCAGAUAAUGUAUACUUACAGGAUAUCCACAACAUGACCAUAUAGACACCGGGCACUAGAAAAAAAAAAAACAGAAGGGAGAAAGUAAUAACUCUCUUACUAGAUACCCCUUCAA